AUGCACACUCAUCAUUCAUACUCCUUCUUCCACUAUCAUUAUCUCCAUUCGAGACACAGUUCUUUUCCUUCAGUAGUCCCAAACAAACACCCGUUCUUGACAAGCUAUCCAUAUUUUCAACUUUUAGUCUUUAAAUCAUUUGGAGAACCAAAGAAAUUAACCAAAAUCUCAAUCUCGUUCAUAGAACAAGUAUUGUAUAGGAAAAUGAAUUUGUUGAAAGAGCCAACUAGGAUGGUUAUGAUGAUUGGGUUGAGCCUCUCAAACAUUUCCUUAGUCUGUCUAAAGUGGACAUGGCUCUCACUGAAGUAUUUCUUGAAGCUAUUGGUAAUAGAAUCAGGGAAUUGGUGGCACGGAGAAACAGAAGAAAAAAGAACGAGGGAGAGAAAUAUCACAUUUGGGAUUAGAGCUAGUGUGGAAGUUGAGCAUAUUGGACUUGUUUUCUUGUAA